AUGAUCGGUGGAACUGCUUUACAAAGUAUUUUACUUGUGAGUUUUUUAUUAAGACUGACUCUACAUUGUCAUUAUCCAAAUUUAACGUUUGGAUUAGAUGAUUUAGUAGAGUUUUCUUCCCCAAUGACUUCCUACAAAUCGUUAUUGGAAAGUUUUUUCAUUUUGAAUCAUACAUCGAAUAAUUUAUAUGAUGGUGGAUUGAUACAUCAACAACCUUUAUUAAUUCACGUAUUAUCUUUUUUUUACGUUGAUAAUAAUUUAUUAUUGUUAUCAAUUAUUUAUUCAAUAGUUGAUAUUAUCAUUGCGUUGCAAUUGAUUCAUAUAAAUAUGAUUUUGUUUCCAAAUGAUACAGGUUCAAAAAAAUAUUUACCAGGUGUAUUAUAUUUACUUAAUCCAAUUUGUUUACUAUCAAAUGUAUCGAAAUCAACAAUAAUAUUUCCAAACUUAUUUUUAAUUUUAAGUUUUAAAUUCAUAUUGUCAUCUCUACUUCAAAAUUUGAAUAGCUCAAACAAAUUAAACAUAAUUUCAGCAGGUGUCUCUUUAGCAAUUUCAAGUUACUUAUCAUUUUAUCCAAUUUACCUAAUUUUCCCAAUAUGCUCAGUUAUUUACAAUAUCAAUAAACAAAUCACCAACAAUGUUAGCAAUACAAAUUAUAUCGGUUUAUUCAUUAUAGUAACACUCUCAACAAUCAUAGGACUAUUGGUUUUAAGUUAUAUUAUAAAUGAUUUAAAUUGGAAUUUUAUUGAAAAUACAUAUUUAGUAACAUUUAGUUUCAAAAAACUAAUACCAAAUCUAGGUCUAUGGUGGUAUUUAUUCAUUGAAAUGUUCGAAAUGUUUUUACCAUUUUAUCAUUCAGUAUUUAAUUUAUUCGUUUUUGCAUUGAUCUUACCAUUUACAAUACGAUUCUCAAGUUACAAUAAACAAAAUACAGGUAAAAAUAUAAAUUUAAUCCUAAUGAGUUUUUGGGCAUUGAUUCUUUGUCUAGGGUGGAUUACUUUAACAAAAGCUUAUCCAACAGUUAGUGAUUUUGGAUUUUUCAUCAGUUUCUUACCAUUUUUUAAACCUGUCUUUGGUUACAUGAAAUAUCCAAUUUUAUCUGUAUUGUUGUUUUUACAUGCAAUAGUUUUAUCACCGAUAUUUUAUCACAUAUGGGUAAAUUUAGGGUCUGGUAAUAGUAACUUCUUUUAUGCCAUAUCAUUGGUUUACGCAUUGUCCAUCGCUUGUAUAAUGAUAGAUUUGGUAUGGUCUAUUUUAAGAUUCGAAUUCGAUGAUGGAAAACCAAACUACAAUGCGAGAUUAACUCAAUUGUAA